AUGGAAAACCUGGAGCUUGAAGACGACGGGGGAGGCCAUAGGGCUUCAAACCACUCACGCGGCGCUCUUGGUGGAGAGGUCACUCGAGAGUCUGCGGACGCAGGUGCAGACUGCAGAGAAACCCAGCGAAUGGGCCGGCGUGGUGCCGUGGGCGGCGGGGGUUUAAGGAAGUGGGCAAAGUGGAUUAUGAGGUAUCCAAAGACUGCAGCUAUCUUCCAUGGGGGAGAUAUCCUGCUCGCGGUUCAGGAGGCUGGUGGUGGCCCUGUUGUGCCGUUAUUCCAAGGCGACGGGAAGGCCGGAAAUAACAUGGCGCGUUCUUUUCUCUGCCGAUGCUAUGGGUGGGAGUUGCCGUCGUAUUGGACCAAGGCAGCAUUAUGUUUGCCUUGCAUAGAGGUCUCCAUAGAUGAUGACAAGCUCGGAGGAAAGAUCGUGAGAUGCCCUGAUCUUGAUGAGCAGCAACGAGGCAGAGAGAAGAUUGGGAGAGGCAUUGCAGAUGGUGAUUCAUCCUGGCCAGUGCCAACCCCAUUGGCCAUCUCGCAGAUGCAGACACCUCCUGUGCUCCUUCCUGCCUUCACACCGCCCCGUGCUUCCGCGGAAAGAAGGCGAGACAGAGCACCUGCCUUGUCCAACUUUGAGUGGUCCCGGUGGUUGACGAUUGAGAAAGCCAAAAUGCAACUUGGGAUGAAGAAGGUGCGAGUGCGUUUCGUGCUACCUAAGAUCUUUCCGCCGCCCUUCACCAAUGCGGCCGGUUACUGGCGACGCAUCCGGUCUAUCUUCUCCGGCUACCGAAGCUUUGAUCCAGCUUCGCGGAGCUGGCUGCCGCUGGGCUUGACACUGAGACCCCCCAACCCAAAUGACCCUGCCAUGUGUCUGUGCUCCGCCGUUCUCGUUGCUUCUUCUAACCAUUCUGCGCAUGCAGAAUCCGAGACGGCUCUUUCGACACCCAUCCCUCCGAGAGACACGGGGUCAUGGAAGUGGCAGCAACGCGGCCUCAUUGCUGUAUCAUCAUUAGACAUCAUCGACGUCGUCGGUCACGGCAUUUCUUCCCAUGAGCAACUCCAUCAAGCAUAUCCAGGCGCGUUGGAUCCUUUCCUUUGCACCCCUGGCCCCGGUUCGCCUUUACGUCCCCUCACUCCUCUAGCCAGUCUUCUGUCCGGCCCUAAACCAAAGGCAACGCCGCAACAACAACGUCCCCUGCCCUUCCCAGCCCAGAAAGACGAGGACACACGCACAUCUCAAGGCUCAACCCCUACCGCACGGUAA